UACGUUUGAAUAUCUAAUCUAACAAGCGGAGGAAAUCUUAAAUCUUUGUCGUACUUUAUUCAGUGUGGUCUCAUCAAGCGCUAGGUCAAGAGUCUGAUGUGUUUCUUGUUUUACAUCCUAUCUAUAGUCUAAUAUUUGAACCAACCCCAAAAGGAGCAACAAUGUACAUCUAAUACUGUACCACCUUAUGGCUGGUGUCGCUGUCACUGGUUGGGAUCGGGAUCUUCCUCAGCUGUCUCUUGAUUCCCAGUUUUACAGCAAUCCUUGAUGGAGCAGAGCGGCUAGGAAUGGAGGAUAACCUGAACACAUUCGGUAUCGUGUCGGGAUUCUUUAACUCCUGUUAUUCCUUGGGAGCCUUUGCUGGUCCAAUCUCUGGCAGUGCCUUGGUGGAUGCGGCAGGCUUUGGCUGGGGGUCGACACUCUGUGCUGGUCUACUCGUUGUAUCCGGACUGGUGCUCUUGGUAUAUGUGGCAAUCAACAGAAAACAUUUUGAUAAGGCCAAAACCUUGUUGCAGAGACAGAGAAAAUUUUCUUUCAGGCGUACCAGGAGUUUGACGGACAUAGAAAUGACUAGUGGAUUUGUCGACAAAGAAGAGGCUGAAACGGAUUGAUAUUCAUGUUAGAUCCAAGUCAUAUUUUAAUAUAUAUGAACUUAAUAGAACAAGGGAAAACAUUGCAUUGUACAUAGCCAAACCUUUCAUCAGUGUAAAUUCCAUUAACUAUUUCAUUAACUAUAUACUGACAGUGUGUGUUUCAUAUUUCUAAUACUUAAUAUUUCAAGGAUGUAUAGUAUUAUGUACAGCUCUCCUGUUUUACGAAAAGAUGUGCAAUCAUUGGUGAUAACAAUCUUAUGUGUAAGGAAUAAAAUAUACAUACAUAAUUAA